CUUUUUGUUUUUAUCAUUUUAAUUUCCACAAUUAGAAUAGAUCUCUCUAUCUUUCAGCAGAUAUUAUUUUCCCAAUUUUCUCUUGGUCAACAUCUACUUCUCUAAGUGGAUCCAUAUCAACACAAUUCAAAAGAAUAUGGUUUCUGAACGAGCUAAGCUUCACAUAGCUUUAACUUUUUUACAAUUUUGUCAUGCAGGAAAUCAUAUAUUUCUCAGAAUUGCACUUAAUACAGGAGUCAGCAAGCUUGUUUUUCCUGUCUAUAGAAACAUCACUGCUUUCAUUCUUCUAGCUCCACUUGCAUAUUUUACAGAAAAGAAAGACAGACCACAAAUAACCAGUUAUUGUUUGAUACAAUUUUUCCUACUUGGACUAGUCGGAAUAACAAUGAAAGAAGGAUUUUACCUUUUGGGUUUGGACAACACAUCACCAACAUUUGCUUCUGCUAUGCAAAAUUCUGUUCCAGCCCUUACCUUUCUCAUGGCUGUGAUAUUAAGAUAUGAGAGCUUGCACUUAAAUAGGAUAAAUGGUAUGGCCAAGGUUCUUGGAGUACUUGCUUCUGUUGGAGGAGCUUCAAUCAUUACCCUUUACAAGGGACCUACCAUUUAUGCUCCACAUUUAGCACUACAUCAAGGACAAAUUUUCUUGUCUGCAUUUGAGGAUGCCAAUGGGAAAAACUUGAACUUGGGUGGCAUCCUUCUCUUUGGUCAUUGUUUGUGUUGGUCUGGUUGGAUUGUGAUGCAAGCAUUUGUUCUGAAAAAGUACUCAGCACAACUCACAGUUUCUGCUUUUACUUGCUUCUUUGGUAUUGUGCAGUUUGGGACAAUUGCAGCCUUUCUUGAGAAGGAUCCCAAAGCUUGGCAGCUCAAUUCCAUUGAAGAGGCCUACAGUAUUUUGUACUCGGGACUGGUGAUUUCAGGGCUUGCAGCAGCAAUACAAAUAUGGACUAUUAGCAAAGGAGGACCGGUGCUUGCUUCAAUUUAUCUUCCCUUACAGACAUUACUUGUAGCUUUGAUAGCAUCCAUUGCUUUUGGUGAAGAAUUCUUUUUGGGAGGGAUUAUAGGAGCUUUCUUAAUUAUAUCUGGCUUAUACCUUGUUGUCUGGGGAAGAAGUCAAGAAACUAAGUCUGCUGAGGAGUUCAUAGUCCCCAUUGAGCCUGAGAAUCAUCUGAAAGAAAAUAUUUACAAUUCUUCUAUCAUUCAACCAUUGUUUCCUGAACACAACUCAUAGAUGAUAGUGGAACAAUUUAUAUGCUAAUAAAACUGUAAUAGUCUCUUGACCCUUAAGUUAAGGUGACCAAUAUAUCACCACAUUUCUUUGUUGUAGCAGGGUAUAUUUGCACAGCUGAUAUUUUUGCAAGUUCCAACAACUGACAUGGAUGCACUAUAAUUAAUAUCUAGUCCAUUAGUUAGUUGAACAUGUAUACAAGAAGAGCAACUGGUUGAUAAUUGAUUUAUAUGUUGUAUUAAAUUAUAAGCUACCAAUAAAAGUCAAAAGCUAUUUCACUA